UUGAAUAGCAAUCUAGUAAGGAGUAACAUUGACGCUGCACAUAGGAUAUCGUCACAUUUGGUUACAAUGGAUUCCGAGUAUGGAGACAACUUUGAUUUUGUGGAGAAGGAGAUACGGCAUGCCUUCAUCAAAAAAGUUUAUGCAACACUGACCUUGCAACUGGCCAUCACAAUUGGAAUAAUUUGCCUCUUCUUCUUUGUUGAUGAAGUGAAGGAGUAUGCCCAGCAAAAUUACUGGUUGUUUUGGACUGCAUUCUCAUUAACUUUCGUCUUAAUCAUCGUUCUGGCAUGCGCCUCCGAUCUUCGCAGGCGCUCUCCGGCCAACAUCAUUUGUCUCAUGUUAUUUACAAUAUGUGAGGGCAUCCUGCUCGGACUGACAUGCACUUAUUAUGAAGGCACCGAGGUACUCCUUGCUAUCGGCAUAACAGGAAUCAUCACGCUGGCGUUGACUAUAUUCGCUUUCCAAACCAAGAUUGAGUUCACAUUCAUGGCUGGUACCCUAUACGUUCUGUUGAUUAGUCUCAUCAUGUUUGGAUUAUUUGCUGCUAUCUUCAGGUCUGAGGUUCUGUAUAUGUUCUACUGCGCAGCGGGAGCAUGUCUCUUCAGUGUGUAUAUUGUCUUCGACACUCAGCUUUUACUCGGGGGCAAACAUCGGUACUCCAUCUCACCCGAGGAAUACAUCUUCGCCGCACUCAACCUUUAUCUCGACAUCAUCAACCUCUUCCUUUUCCUUCUUCGACUCUUCGGCAAAUAAUAGACACGGCCUGGUAGCUAGUCUAUAGUGCUGUAUAACGAUUUGAAAUGGAGGGGGGGGUGGGGGGGGGGGGAC